CAUAAUUUUAGAAAAAUGGCAUCAACGCUACUGAGAAGUGAAAAAGAAAUAUUUAUAAAUGCGCCAUGGGGUAAAAUAGCAGCGCUCACGUGGGGUGACCAUUCAAACCCUCCAAUUAUCUUAUGCCAUGGUAAAAUGGACACUUCGUCUGGAUUCCGGCCUCUAGUGUCAUUAUUGCCUCCUUCUUUCUUCUACGUAAGCGUAGACUUGCCAGGCAAUGGUCAUUCGGAUCAUUUUCCACCAGAGGGCAGAUUUACUGUGGUCGAUUUUGUUCCUACCAUACAUUAUGUACAGGAACAUUUUAAAUGGAAGAAGUUUGCAUAUAUUGGUCAUUCUCUGGGAGUCAUCAUUGGUAAAUAUUUCAAUAUCGCUUACCCGGGCUGUAUCUCACGAAUGGUGGAGCUAGAUCCCGUACCGGCGCACGAGUCGUGGUCAGUGGAUAACUUUGGACAUUGGUACCACAUAUUCUAUGGGGACUAUUAUAACAGCGAGCGCUACAAGAAACAGACCGCUAAAGUCGACACUGCACCGAAAUAUACUUACGAAAAGGCAAAGGAUCUAAUGAUGAACACUCGAAGUUUGACAGAAGAAGCUGCGAAACACGUUCUUGAGAGAGCAUUGACACCUGUAGGAGAUGGAUUAUACAGAUUCACAUACGACCAACGCCUUAAAGAAAUACCUCGUAUGCCAUGGACACCGGAGUUCUUGAAGGAAUUAUACACUUCUGUAGAAACACCCACGUUCACCGUCUUAGCAAAAUCGAUAGUUGAAAUGGGCGCUUAUCAUUUUACGCCCUUUUUAUUCAAUGAGGCAGAAUGGCCUAACAAGAAUUACAGGUACAUAAAUUAA